ACAAAAAAGUGACCUAAGAAAAAAAAAGAAAAAAAAAGAAAAGUCUUCUUCUUCUUUACUUUUUCUUUUCUUCUUCUUCUUCAUCUUACUUCAUUCACUUGCCACCCAACUCCUUUGGAUAGCUACUUCUUCUUCUUACCCUUUUUGUCUUCUUUGACUUCAUUCAACAACCAUGUCUGACAACUCCAUCAAGAUCUUUACUGGAAACUCCCAUCCCGAACUUGCCAAGCUGGUUGCCCGUCGCAUCGGCAUUGACCUUGCCAAGGCUGUCGUUAUGAAGUACUCUAACCAGGAAACUUCGGUUACAAUUGGUGAAUCUGUCCGUGACGAAGAUGUGUUUAUUAUCCAGUCUGGCUGUGGUGAAAUCAACGACAAUUUGAUGGAACUCUUGGUUAUGAUCAAUGCCUGCAAGACUGCAUCUGCUCGUCGUAUCACUGCUGUCAUCCCUUGUUUCCCUUAUGCUCGUCAGGAUAAAAAGGACAAGAGCCGUGCCCCAAUCACUGCCAAAUUGACCGCAAACAUGUUGACUGUCGCUGGUGCUGACCAUGUUAUCACCAUGGAUCUCCAUGCUUCCCAGAUCCAGGGUUUCUUCAACAUCCCCGUUGAUAACUUGUACUGCGAGCCCUCGAUGAUCAAGUACAUUCGUACCCAGAUCCCCAACUGGACAAAUGCUAUCAUUGUCUCUCCUGAUGCUGGAGGUGCCAAGCGUGCUACUGCCAUUGCCGACAGACUGAACCUUGAUUUUGCUUUGAUCCACAAGGAACGUAAGAAGGCAAACGAAGUAUCUCGCAUGGUGUUGGUUGGUGAUGUUCGUGAUAAGAUUGCAAUUUUGGUUGAUGAUAUGGCCGAUACUUGCGGUACCCUUGGCCUGGCUGCCAAAACUCUCAAGGAGAACGGUGCUAUUCAAGUUUACGCUAUUGUUGCCCACGGUAUCUUGUCUGGAAAGGCUAUCCAGGUUAUCAACGACUCUGUGAUCGAAAAGUUGGUAGUCAGCAACACCAUUCCUCACGAAGAUAAGAUGGCAAUAUGCCCCAAGCUCGAUAUCAUUGAUAUCUCACCCACUCUUGCAGAAGCUAUCCGAAGAACUCACAAUGGUGAAUCUGUAUCAUAUCUCUUCUCGCAUGUUCCAGAAUAAUUACAAUAAAAGUCAACGUAGCAAAAUCAUUAACGGUCAUCCCAAUUACUUGAAGACUUAGAGACCACUUUACAAUUCCAUCACAAUAAAGCAUCAAUAUCAAUACAUUUACAUACUACACAU